UGCCCGGUCAGACGACGGUCGUGUGCAGCAGCAAACAUACUGUGCAUACAAACCAUUUCAAGUCAAGUCAAAUGGGAGAAAUUCACAGCAAGAAAAGAGAGGAGGACACAAGCUAAAAGAAGGGGACUGGGACACAGUGAAGAGAAGCAGAGGAUUUGUUUAAAUGAUGCAGAGUGAGUGACAGCCGGGGCAACUCCAGUCUGGAUAAAUAAGGAGACGACAAAAAGGACACACAGCAAAGGAUACUGCUCUUUUUUAAUUGGAUUGGUGCGUUUCUCUUGGAUUUCUCACUUCCCUCCUCCUGGACUGACAGCAGAGGAGGAGGCAGAGCAGCCGCAGUGAUGAAGUUCAACUACCAUGUACCAGUGUCAACGUACACACGCGCCUCACAGUACACACCGACCUACCAAACACCCAGCUACUACACUCCAUCAAAAUACACACCAGCGCAGUACAAAUCCUCAUACUCAUCCAUUGCAAAGUACACCCCAACGCAGUACAGCACAACACAGUACACACCAUCACACAUCACAUCCACUUACAAAACUGCACCAACAUACAUCCCUUCAUAUACCAAGGAGCCACGGUACCGUUCAACACGUCGCACGCAGGCACAGGAGCCUCCUGCACCUGUCAUACCGGCCACACCUGCAAAGAGAACAGUGCACUUCCCCAAUGACAUCAUCUUCCAGGAUAUUGUCAGACGGGGAGAUCUGGAGCAAAUUGGUCGGUUCAUGAGGGCGAGGAAGGUUCGUGUGGAUACAAUCUUCCACUCAGGUAUGGCAGCGCUGCAUGAGGCCGUGCUGACAGGAAACAUGGAGGUGGUGAAGCUGCUGGUGAAAUAUGGCGCUGAUAUUCAUCAGAGGGACGAGGACGGCUGGACGCCUCUUCACAUGGCGUGCAGUGACGGCUACCCAGAAAUUGCUCGUUACCUGCUGUCGAUAGGAGCCAGCACAGAGGCGGAGAAUGAAAACGGAGAGAAGCCGGCAGACCUCAUCGACCCAGACUGCAAAGAACUGGCCAAACUGUUUGAGACUGGCUGUGUGUGACUUACCACCAUAUGGACCCAAGAGGAAACAGCAACAGAGACGACAGAACGAUGAGCUCAGGCCCACAGACGAAAACACUCAGGCCACAAUCACUGAUCCUGUAAAGGAAGAUGUUGGGUCUGUUUGUUGGUGUAGGACACCUCCUUUCAAGAUUGUUUUUUAUUAUAGCUGUGAAGCAAUAUUCAGUUAAGCUGCCAUUUGGUUUCUGGUCAUAUUUAUACUUUAUUUUGUGAAUUUGUUUAAGUGUCUGUGAUAUGUCUGUAUUCUUUACUCACAUGUCAUGAACCAAAAGGUCAAAAAUGUGUCACUGAAAUGUCGUCUUGACAUGUGAUGUAUAAUCCUCUCUGAAAAAAUUUGAUUCGUUUCUUGCAUAUUUUUCCGCACUGUAUCUGUGUUAGUGUUUAGCAGUUAAGUAGGUUGCACUGCGCUGCCUCCGUGUUGUAUUAAAUCUGCAGCACAGAAUUGGGGACGUAAGAAGUUGGUGUCUUAUACAAAGAGUUAUGUAUCUUCACUGCUGGGCAGAGAGAGGAUCCACAUUAAUAGUUAAUACUUCACAGAUAUGUCAGUAAUAAAAGAAAAAGAUUAUGCUGCACAAGCACUUCUUCUGUUGCGGUAUUUCUUCCCUAAUGAAUUGCUGGUGUUUUCUGUAGUAGAAAUACAAUUAUCAGCAUUGAAAGUCUUAUAAUUGUCUCUACAAUAAUUAUUUUUGUACAUUUUCAUAAAAUAAAGAAACCUUUUAUAAAUAUU